AGUUGAUCGUGCGGUUUGUUAAUUUUUAUUUAUUGUGAUUUGUGAUGAAUAAACUGUGAUUUAAACUUGAUAAUUUUUUUGUUAAUUCCUUGGUCACUGUCAGCGAAACGAUGAGUCCCAGUAUAGUAUGGAAACAUUUUACGAAAAAUAAUAAUGGUACAGCGACUUGCCAAUUAUGUCAGAAAACGUUAAAAACGAGUGGCAACACAAGUAAUUUAAAUGGACAUCUCACUAGUAAACACAGUAGUGUUAUGGUUUCAAAAGCCAAGUCAACGGCUACACCGAGGCAAGAGUUGGAAACUUCAGAUGAUGAUCAGUCUGUAACAUUGUCUAUAUUAUCGACAGCUUCAACUUCAAAAAUGUCAUUUACAGCUUCUACAGCUCAUAGUUCUAAUAUACCAUCUACUAAUGAAGUUCCAUCUCCCAAUAUGGAACCAGCACUCAGACGUCAAAAAACUAUAAGUGAGUCAUUUUCACACAUCGUGUCUUAUCAACAUGGAGGUUUUAAAAGUGAAAAGUUAAUAAAUGCAAUAUUAUAUAUGAUAGCAAAAGAUAAUCAGCCAUUAUCGAUUGUAGAAAACAAAGGAUUUAUUAAUUUGAUGAACAUUACUUCACCAAAUUUUAAAAUUCCUUCUAGAAGGGAUAUUUCCAGACGUCUAGAAGGAAAAUAUAAAUCAUUUCAAGAUUUGUUUAAAAAUGAACUAAAUGAAGUGAAAUACAUAUCACUUACAAUGGAUAUAUGGACUGAUAUCCAUACUCAAAGCUACCUCGGAGUUACUGUUCAUUUUGAAAAAAACAACAAGUUGGCAUCUGGAUUAUUAGGUGUGAUAGAUCUCCAAGAAAGGCAUACAUCUCAGUACAUUGCUGAUACAUUAAAUGAGGUAUGUAUCCAAUGGAACAUUUCUUUGGAAACCAUAACUGCAAUUGUUACUGAUGGAGCUGCGAACAUAACAAAAGCUGUUGAUUUAUUGUUUGGAAAUCCCAAUAAGCCACGUCACAUACCAUGCUUCGCCCAUACAUUAAACUUGGUAGCUCAAAAUGCUAUCUCCAGAGUGGCUGAUUUAAGUUUACUUAUUAAAAACGUAAAAUCUAUUGUAACAUGGUUUAAACAUUCGGUAGUAGCUAGUGAUGAACUAAGAAAAGUUUCAAAUAGUAAACUCAUUCAAGAAGUUGCAACGAGGUGGAAUAGUACAUUUUAUAUGCUUGAACGAUUUAUUGCUCUACGUCCAUUCAUUAACGAUAUUGUAAAUCGUAAUAUCUCCGCUCCUCCAAUGGUUUGUGCUAAAGAUAUAGAAGAAAUUAUUGAAAUAAUUACUGUUUUAAGGCCAUUGGAAGCAGCAACAAAAGAAUUAUGUGGUGAACAAUAUGUUUCUAGUAGUAUGGUCAUACCAAUUGUGCACUUAUUAGAAACAAAAAUUGAUGAGGCAACAACAACUCAAAUUCUUAGCAAUCAACUAAAAAAUGCAUUAAAAUUAGAGUGUUCAAAGCGACUAGGACAAAUUGAAAACGUUACAUUUUUAGCAAUUGCUACAAUAUUAGAUCCUAGAUUCAAAAGGUUGUAUUUUAAAAAUUCAGUCUCAUUAUCUAAAAUGUUAACCAAAAUAGCUGAAGAAAUUAAGUCGUGUGAAGGAACAUCUGAAAGUUCAUCUGAUUCUUCUGAUUCAUCUCAAAAUAAAGAAUUUAAUUUAUGGAAUAAUCACGAAAAAAUUGUACAACAAAGUAGCCGUAGUCGUGGGCGAGCCACAAGAGAAGAAAUUGGUUAUCCAUCUGAACUAAAUUUAUAUUUGAAAAGUGCUGUAGGUCGGUUGACGGACAGUCCGUUAUUACUGUGGAAAGAUAUGUCCACAGUUUAUCCAAAUCUUGUCAAAGUAGCUUUAAAAUAUUUAAGCACAGUAGCUACUUCGGUACACAGUGAAAGACUAUUCUCUAAAGCAGGCUUGACUAUGAACCAACAACGAAACCGUUUGACUAGCAAAAAAUUAAAUAUGCUAUUGUUUUUACAAUCUGUUGAUGAGAGUUUUUGGGAAUUGUAAUAAUUAAUUAAAUUUGUAUCUAUUAUUAUUAGUUUUAAUUGUAUUUUAAGAUUUAAAACGUAUGUAGGUUAGGUUAUAUUUGACAAGUAUUUUUUAUGUAUUUAAAAAAAAAUAAAGUUGAACAAUGGUA